AUGACCACAAUUAGGAGAUUUGUUUGUGACGAUUUAUUUAAAUUUAAUAAUAUAAAUUUAGAUUACCUUACCGAAACUUAUUAUUUACCAUUUUAUUUACAAUAUUUAUCAAAAUGGCCAAGUUUAUUAUCAAUGGCUGAGGAUGUAAAUGUUUUAGGUAAAGCAGAGGGUGAAGGUGAAAAUUGGCAUGGACAUGUAACAGCAGUUUCAGUAGCACCAGAAUAUAGAAGAAUUGGUUUAGCAGAUAGAUUAAUGCAUAUUUUAGAAGAAGGUUCUGAAAAAGUUUACGAUGGUUAUUUCGUUGAUCUUUUCGUUAGAAAAUCAAAUGCAUUAGCUAUUAAUAUGUAUACUAAAUUUGGAUAUUCAGUUUAUAGAACGGUUAUAGGCUAUUACUCUGGAGACGAAGAUGCACUAGAUAUGAGAAAGGCGUUACCUAGAGAUGUUGAAAAGAAAUCAAUUAUACCAUUAAAACACCCAGUUUACCCAACCGAAGCAGAUUUAUAA